GUCCGGGACAAAUUCAAACCCCAAUAUUUGAGCGCUAUUUGGGUCUAAAUGAAGUGCAAUUGGAUGCCAUGUGGAAAGCUGUGAGCGAUAAAUACCCGUUGAGACGUCCGGGAAGUACUGAAGACGUGGCAAAAGCUAUAGUUUUCUUGGCAUCAAAUGAUUCUUCGUUUAUAACUGGAGUGCAGUUGAAGAUCGACGGCGGCUAUUUGGACUCACCCCACCUCGCUUUACCAUGAUCUAUAAUCUUUCUAUUUUUAAUCACUCAAUGCAUGUUUCCUUUGACUUGAUAACGCAUUUUGCACUUAAAUAUUUGAGUUAUG